AUGCCGCCCUACCUCCUUGCGUGCGCCCGUCCCGCUGUGCUUCGACAAAGCCUCCUGUCGCGUCUCACCUGCAUCGCAUCAAAACGACUCUUCUCAGCGAUUGUCUCGUCGCCAAGCCGCGACCAGGUUAGCAUCCCGUGUCGGUCCAAUGGAUCUAUUUCUCUAGACAUAUUUCGCCCCUCGACCGCUUCUCCUUCAGUUCUUGUCUACUUGCCCUCUGGACCAAUACUCCCUGAUCAGUCUGAAGAAGAGGAGCGCGUUAUUGCAGCCCUCGCUACCACCAGUGGGUCCACUGUCGUGCGCAUCAAUUAUCGACUAUCACCUGAAUACCAAUAUCCAACACCCAUCCAUGAUGUUCUGCUUGGUUACGACUGGAUCUUAGAGAACCUGCUCCACGAUGAGUUACGCAAGCCCCACCUAGCUAGAUUAGGGGUAUGCGGAGAGCUUGUUGGGGGAUCUUUGGCCACAAUGCUUGCGCUAACUGAAUGUCGGCUGGGUGGCCGCAGCAUAGCUGCUGCUGCCGUCAACAAUCCCAUCACAGAUUGGGCGUUCCCAGAUGAACUCCCCAUCCAAGAACCAGCACUACUCCCUGAACCUAACGCGCCAGAGGAAACCUCGUCCCCAGCUGACGAAGACUUGAUGGCCUGGUGGACAAAGCAAGACGAAGAAGAGUCACGCCAGAAACCUCAACGCCAGAAGCGAAAGCCUAAACCUCUCUCUCUCUCGUGGGAACAGAAUUCCGACAAUUCAAUAAUACCGACCCUCCUUCUUUCUGGAGAACGAGACGUCUUAUUCCGUACACCAGAACACUACUUAGAUCGUUUUGCAUCCCCUAUCCACUUCUUUCGCUCCCCGCAUGGCAAGUUGGUCUACCCAUACGAUAAUCAUGGCUUUGCGUCGAUGCCAUCAGAGCAGCUCCAGGAUCCUCUUGACUUCGAAACGCAAAUGAGCAUUAAUCACUAUGAGUCUUUUGACGGAUCCCCAAAACCCGUUGUGGUGCCCACACUGGUGAGAUGUCGAGCGUAUGCGCGCAUUUAUCCUCCAUCAGGCAGCAGCCUCAGCCUACCACGCUGGCACAUUACUACUGGGUCUGAAAGCCCACUCUUGGAUCAGGCCUCUGAACUAGCCAAAAGGAUGAGACGCGCUAUCGCACGCCAAAGUCUUCGGGCUCGGACUUCCCGCGUUCACUGGGCCGAUCCUUCAGAGAAAGCUAGAUAUGAAGAGGAUGCUGAGCAAAAGGUGCACAUGAGUGUCCUUGCAGGAACCGGCCUCUGGACCCAGUCGAAUAGCGAUCUCGAGUGGAGAUCACAGCUAGCAGAAGUGGGAAUCUGGAUGAGGGAGAACUUGGCGCCAACCCACCGCACACGAUAA